UACUUUAAAUUUUAUUAAAUUUUGUUGGUGAUCUAUAGUAGUUUUUUUGAAUUGAUCAAGAGUAUACUUAUCAUCUAUAGUAUAUUAUCUGUGUACCGCACUACCAAACGAUAUGUUUGAGAUUUAGAAUUUCAGAUUUGCGCCACAAAAUCCGGCAAGGUUAAACACCAGUCAAUUAUAAUUAAUACCUAGUACUUCGUAAUCCGAAGUUUGUAUCCUAGUGGUAUAAAUCCGGAGUUGUGUAUAAUAGGCUCAAAUCACUUGAAUAUAUUGUUCCGCUCGCUGAUUGCGAACAUUGCAUUAGUUGCUCCUGACGUGCCAUCGCUCCAACAUGGAUCGAAUCAAAUUCAAAGUGAACGACUUAAAAUAUACCGGUCAGUAAGUUGUGUUUUUAUUAGAAUAAAAAAGAAUGUACUUCCCAACCACUUCCUAACACUUUUUAAUAUGUCACUUCAACUCUUCUCCAUGCAUGUCGUAAACAGUAACCAAGGAAAUUGUCCCGCAUUACUUUAUCACAACACCGUAGACACUAUAAUGGUGUAGCGGGAGGGAUAAAUCGGCUUGACCGCCGCCAAAGGGAAGAUCUUCCGCCAGUCUAGGUGAUAUCUAAGGAACCGCGGCUCCGACGAUGUUGUGUCUGAGGUUGUAUUUAUGCUCCAAUCCGUGAAAUCUUUGUUUGCGCGAUUUAGAAUUUUUGCUGCUAUUGACUGAACGCGUCAUUUUAACGUGUUAGGAAUUUUAAAUUGUCAACAAAUAUAAGAAAAACUUUUGAAGAUGAAUUUAUAAUUUUGAGGCUUAUUUGAGUAUGUGAAGAUCUUUUUGAAUUGGUGAAUGAAGUAUGCGCCAUUUUGGCAAAUGAAAAUGAAUAGUGUCUGCCCUUCACUCCAGAACGUGAUUAUGUCUGUUAGUAGGACCUACGCAUCCUUGCAUUUAAAUCUUGAUAGACAAACAAAAAUUACAGUCGGUCAUGAGGUGGAUUCUGAUAUGUCCCUCAAUGACUACUUGCGGGAGGUACUGAACCUCCGCGGCACCAAGUAUAUGUGCAAGGAGGGCGGCUGCGGAGCCUGCAUCGUCAAUGUGCGCGCCAGGGACCACACUGGACAUCUGCGCUCUUUCUCUGUUAAUUCCUGCCUUGUGUCAAUAACAUCUUGCCACAAUUGGGAGAUCACCACCAUAGAAGGUAUCGGAGACAGAGGACGAGGCUACCAUCCCGUGCAGAAGACAUUGGCGGAACACGACGGCACCCAAUGCGGUUACUGCUCGCCCGGGUGGGUCAUGAGCAUGUACAGCUUGUUAGAAUCAAGUAAUUACAAUUUAACGGAGCACGAAAUCGAGAAUUCGUUUGGAAGUAAUACAUGUAGAUGUACAGGCUAUAGACCAAUAUUAGAUGCAUUUAAGAGUUUUGCCAAAGAUCAUCCUAAGCCUAAUAUAGGAGACAUAGAAGACUUGGGAGUUUGUAAGAACAGAAAGCAUUGUAGCAGUUCUUGUGACAAAAGCUGGUGCAUGAUUAGGAGCGAAGAUGCUGAUGACACAAUUAAAAAAUUAAAGUUGAAAGAUGAUCGUGUUUGGUAUAGAGUCAAACGAGUUCAGGAUAUAUUUGAAGUGUUGCACGAAGAAGGAAAUGAUUCUUAUAUGUUGGUAAAUGGAAACACAGGAAGAGGAGCCGUCCCUAUUUUAUCUUUUCCAAGAGUUCUUAUAGAUAUAAGUCCAAUAGAAGAAAUUAAAGGGCAUUACAUUGACCAAAAUCUGAUUGUCGGCGCUGGUACGACUCUGACAGAUCUUAUGGAGUUGUUUGAUACGAUUUCAAAAGAAAACAGUGACUUCACGUAUUUAGAAAAACUUUACGAACAUUUAGAUUUAGUCGCACAUAUACCUGUAAGAAAUAUUGGAACAAUAGCUGGAAAUCUCAUGGUAAAACAUAGGUCCCCGACGUUUUCUUCUGACAUUUUUCUGUUACUGGAAACAAUUGGAGCUGUGUUAAUUAUAGCUGAUAAAAGAAAUGUUCAAGAGGUGACAUUAUUGGACUUCUUAUCACUAAACAUGACUGGAAAAGUUUUAACACUUAUAAAAAUACCACCAUACGCUGCGAAUCAUAAAUUUGUAUCUUUCAAGAUAAUGCCUCGCUCUCAAAAUGCUCACGCUCAAGUUAAUGCCGCAUUUUUGUACGAAUUUGAUAGACAUAACAGCGACGUAGUGCUAUCUGCAAGAAUCGUUAUUGGAGGGCUUUCAGCUAAAUUUGUUCAUGCUUAUAAUACUGAAAAGUUUCUUAUUAAAAAGAAAAUAUUUACAAACUCUGUUCUGCAAAAUGCACUCCAAAUAUUAAACGACGAAAUAUUAACAGAAGAGAUUGCAGGAGAGCCCAGCCCAGAAUUCAGGAAGAAAGUAGCACUAGGACUGUUUUAUAAGGGAUUAUUGAAUCUGAUUCCUAAAGCACAACUUAAACCUUUGUAUCGUUCUGGGGCAAGAGAUUUUAGAAAGACAAGACCUAUGUCUAAAGGAUCUGAAAUUUAUGAUACUAAUCCAUUAAUAUGGCCUGAAACUGAACCAAUGCCAAAGUUGGAUGCGUUGGUCCAGUGUGCUGGUGAAGCAAAAUAUGUUAACGACAUCCCAACACAACCCAAAGAAGUAUUUUGUGCUUUUGUCACUUCUGAUAUAUGUGUAGGUGAACUUGAAAGCAUUGACCCUUCAGCGGCUUUGAAAAUACCCGGUGUGCUAGCAUUCUUCUCUGCAAAAGAUAUACCAGGAAAUAAUUCAUUUUUAUCAACAAAAGUGUUCACUCAGCAACCAGAACUUGUCUUUGCCGAAAAUAACAUAAGUUAUUAUGACCAAGCGAUUGGUGUUAUUGUAGCUGAAACAGAAAAACUAGCAAAUAGAGCUGCAUUGUUAGUACAAGUUAAAUACAAAGUAACUAACCGGCGACCAUUUCUUAAAAUAGAAGAUUUAAAACAGCGAGACCCCAGUCGUAUUCAACUUUUCCAAGCCAUUCCGGCAAGGGACAGAGGUCUAAAUGUGGAAAGGGUCAUAAAAGGAUCAAACAAUAUUUUCUGGCAGUAUCAUUUUACCAUGGAGACAUUAUCUUCUAUUACUUUACCCAAUGAAGAUGGAAUCGAUGUUUUUUCAUCUACACAAUGGAUUGAUUCGGUACAUGUGGGCAUCUCAGAAGUUCUAAAUAUUGAACAAAACAAGAUAAAUGUCAUUGUUCCCCGUUGCGGCGGUGCAUAUGGAAUAAAGAUCACCCGACCGAAUCACGUAUCGUGUGUAAAUGCUCUGGUCACACACUUGAUGAACAGACCUAGCAGAUUUGUGAUGAGUAUACAGGCCAAUAUGAGAGUAAUGGGAAGACGGUUUCCAUGUUUAUCAGAGUUUGAGAUUGGGGUAAACAACAAUGGAGAAAUUCAAUAUCUGAAUCACAAUGUUUACGAAGACUGUGGUUUUAAACUCGGAGAUGUUACCCCAGCUUUUGUCGCGCCCUCUAUAAAGAAUUGCUAUGACAGUCAACGAUGGCAGACUAAUAUCUUCAAUGCCUUUACUGAUACAGCGUCUAACGUGUAUACCAGAGGUCCAGGCUCAUUAGAAGGCAUAGCCGUCAUAGAAUAUAUAAUGGAAAAAAUAUCUUAUGAACUUAAUAAAGAUCCAGUUGAAGUCCGUAUGAACAACUUAGAUCAGGAUCCAGCUGUCAGAGAUGUCAUCGAAAAACUACUCAAAGACAGUGAAUACUAUAAACGCAAAGAAGAAGUUGGAGAGUUUAAUAAAUUGAACAGAUGGAAGAAGCGCGGAAUAAGAGUCGCAUUUAUGAAUUAUCUCAUUCCUCUCAGCUUAGACUUCCAUGUCUUAUUGUCAGUUUAUCAUGGUGAUGGUACGAUAGCCAUUAGACAUGGUGGCAUUGAAAUUGGCCAAGGAAUAAAUACUAUAGUUACACAAGUAGUUGCGUACACUUUAAACAUUUCAAUAGAUAAAAUUAAAAUUAAAGCACCAGAAUCCGUCAGCAUUCCAAAUAACUUUUCUAUUGGUGGCAGUAGGUCUACACAAGCUAUUUGCUUUGGUGUUAUCAAAUGUUGUCAAUUACUUCUGGAUAGACUUGCUGUAGUCAGAGAAACAUUAACAGAUCCAACUUGGGAAUUAUUGAUAACGACUGCCUACAAUCGUGGUAUAAACUUACAAACUAGUUAUCGAGUGACUUCCAAUGAUCAACAGCCCUACAGAUCUGCCGGAGCAACAGUAACAGAAGUUGAAUUAGAUAUUUUGACAGGAGAACAUGAAGUUCUUAGAGUUGAUAUUUUAGAAGAUGUGGGUACAAGUGUCAAUCCUAAAUUAGAUAUUGGACAGAUUGAAGGAGCUUUCACUAUGGGCCUUGGCUACUGGACGCACGAGGAAUUGAUGUUCGACGAGAAAACUGGCGAGCUGCUCACCGACCGCACCUGGUAUUACCACGUGCCACUGGCCAAGGACAUCCCAAUCGAUUUCCGAAUACAACUCCGGAGAAACUCCUAUAAUCCUGUAGGAACUCUUGGAUCUAGAGGUGUAUCAGAGCCACCAAUCUGCAUGGCAAUAUCAGUGGCUUUCGCAUUGAGGGAGGCGAUAGCGGCUUCUAGAGAAGACUCUGGUUUUCCAAGGAACCAAUGGUUUGAUGUCCCUGGAGCAUUCACUUUAGAGAAGAACGUUUUAAAAUCAGAAGCUCGACUGAAUGAGUUUCUAUAUCAAUAAUUUUCUCUUUCUCUAUUCUUCAUAAACACUCGUAUAACAUAAAUGUAGUCUCGCCGGACUAAUGUAAU